UUAUAGUCUUCAUCUGACAAUUGAAUUUACCUGCUUACGUUCCAUUACAGUUGAUAUUUGCGUUGACAAUCAAAUUUUUCGAUGACCUAAAGCUCAACUCCCAAGUUCAACAGAUGAAGUACAGCGCAAGACUUCAACACACAAAAUGGAUCUUCUUCUAAGACGAUCUGGUGUCUGAACAGAACUGGAAGAAUCUGGAAUCUUAAAUUUGACUGGAGACUCCAAACAGUUCUAAGGAGGACCAAGAUAAUUUGAGGCAUUUUCAAACACUGACUGUCACGUAUGUGUCAGCAAGUAAUGUGACUCGUGUAAAUGUAUUGUAUGGACUAAAAUACGGACCUUGGGGAGCUGCUUGUAGCUUAAACAAGUCCAGAUUAAUCCCCAGCGCAAUGAACGGCAUGGCUGAGAUGUCGGUGAAGUGUGUCUUGGUCGGGGACAACGCAGUGGGUAAAACGGCCUUGUUGGUUCGCUUCACUUCGGAGACUUUUCCUGACUGCUAUAAGCCCACUGUAUUUGAGAACACGGGCGUGGAGGUGUACAUGGAUGGGGUGCAGAUCAGCCUGGGGCUGUGGGACACAGGUGGGAGCGACAACUUCAGACAGAUCCGGCCCAGGUCCUACAAUCAGGCCGAUGUGGUUCUGAUCUGCUACUCUGUGGCCAAUCGAAACUCCCUGGCCAGUGUGGUGCACAAGUGGAUAGCAGAGGUCAGGCAGCACCUGCCCAAAGUGCCCGUGCUGGUGGUGGCCACUCAGACCGACCUGCGGGAGACGGGCGCGCACAGGGGGCACUGCAUUAUGCCAAUAGAGGGCAAACAGGUGGCACAUGACAUCCACGCCAAAGGGUAUCUGGAGUGCUCCUCUUUGAGUAACCGCGGUGUGCAGCAGGUCUUUGAGUGUGCUGUCCGAACAGCAGUGAACAAGGCCAAGAAGAGGGAGCACCGCCGUAUGUUUAAUGUUAACCCGUGCAAAAUGUUCUGACGUCUCCAUGCCAGAUCUUAAGACUUUGAUUUUAAUUUGAGUAGAUGUGCAUUUUUUAACAUGUAUGAUUUUUUAUUUAUGUGUUUGGACAAUCCUCUCUCUAUGCCAGCUCACAACGUUUACAAUUUUAACAGUUUUAUAACAUAGUAGGCCUGUACGUAAACCAACAUCAUUUUUACUAUGAUAUUUCAAACCUGUAUGUUUAGAUUUAUUCAAAGAAGUGGACUUCACAUUUCACGUCAUUGCAAAUCACUUACAAACAUUUUGUAGCUAAUAUUUUUACUUUAAACAUUAUGGGGAGCCCCGACUUAACAUGCACUAAAAUAAUAAUAAAUACAUAUCUGUAAAAUGUAAGAUACAAGGUGUGUUAAAGGUUUUUCAUAAUUCAUAAUUCAAAGUUAAGGUGCGGCUCACAACUGGCUUUUGUUCUUCGUGUUUGGAUCUGACCAUGUGAAUAUUGAGAUCAUUCAAACCAAUUUGAACCAAAAACUGAACACUGAAAUCUGUAACAUUACAGCUUG